GGCUAGCAGGCUGCGAGCCAGCCGCGAACCGGGCGGGCGCAGGGCGCGCGCACCAUGGGGGAGAAACCCGGGACCAGGGUCUUCAAGAAGUCGAGCCCUAACUGCAAGGUGAGUCACCCACAGUGCUUGUCUCUUUGAUCCUCCAUGGGCCCUACCAAAGCCCAGCCUGCCCCUAGACAAUCCCCAACCUCUAGCUCCCCACUUCCUGUGACAGCUAAAAACCAACUUCCUUCCCUCCUGAAGCCCCUUGCUGCAGAGGCUGCUUAGCCUGAGCCAGCCACAGGGUGGGGACAGGGCUGGGUCCCUAAGCAAGACCAAAGUAAGAAGAUAGAAGCCCUCUGCCUAUAAACUCUCUUAGGAGCCACUCCAGGGAGCUUGGAGCUGGGAAAAGUUAAUAGUCCCCCAGGCUAUGGCCUGUUUAUUCCAGAACCCCUUUGAGAAGACCUAGUGAGGCUGGCAGCCAAUCUGGCUGAUGAUGCCCCUUCCCCCCACCCCCAGCCCUCAUAGGCUGAGGUGUGAAAAGUGAUUAUCCCUUAUUGAAAAAGCCUAAAGCUUGGUUGAUGGUCUGGGAAACCCCACCACCCUCACCUUCCAACGCUACUGGGAGAAACUCCUUCCUGACAGCCCAGCCUGGGGCAGGACCGCCACCUUUGAGGGCUCUGAUGCCUUGUUACCAUCCUCCCCAAUCUUCCCUGUGACCCCUUGACAUCCUCAGCUCACCGUGUACUUGGGCAAGCGGGACUUUGUAGAUCACCUGGACAAAGUGGAUCCUGUAGGAAAUGAGCCCAUAUGUCCCUUUCCUAGAUGGUGUGGUACUCGUGGAUCCUGACUACUUGAAGGACCGCAAAGUGUUUGUGACUCUCACCUGCGCCUUCCGCUAUGGCCGCGAAGACCUGGAUGUGCUGGGCUUGUCCUUCCGCAAAGACCUGUUCAUCGCCACCUACCAGGCCUUCCCCCCAAUGCCCAACCCACCCCGGCCCCCCACCCGCCUGCAGGACCGGCUGUUGAGGAAGCUGGGCCAGCAUGCCCACCCCUUUUUUUUUACAAUACCCCAGAAUCUGCCCUGUUCUGUCACACUGCAGCCAGGACCAGAGGACACAGGGAAGGCCUGCGGGGUAGACUUUGAGAUUCGAGCCUUCUGUGCCAAAUCACUAGAAGAGAAAAGCCACAAAAGGAAUUCUGUGCGACUGGUGAUCCGAAAGGUGCAGUUUGCCCCAGAGAAACCUGGCCCCCAGCCUUCAGCUGAAACCACACGCCACUUCCUCAUGUCUGACCGGUCCCUGCACCUUGAGGCUUCCCUGGACAAGGAGCUGUACUACCACGGGGAGCCCCUCAAUGUCAAUGUCCACGUCACCAACAACUCCACCAAGACCGUCAAGAAGAUCAAAGUCUCUGUGAGACAGUAUGCCGACAUCUGCCUCUUCAGCACCGCACAGUACAAGUGUCCUGUAGCUCAGCUUGAACAAGAUGACCAGGUAUCUGCCAGUUCCACAUUCUGUAAGGUGUACACCAUAACCCCGCUGCUCAGUGACAACCGGGAGAAACGUGGCCUUGCCCUGGAUGGGAAGCUCAAGCAUGAGGACACCAACCUGGCUUCUAGCACCAUUGUGAAGGAGGGUGCCAACAAGGAAGUGCUCGGAAUCCUGGUGUCCUAUAGGGUCAAGGUGAAGCUGGUAGUGUCUCGACGUGGGGAUGUCUCAGUGGAGCUGCCUUUUGUUCUUAUGCACCCCAAGCCCCAUGAUCACAUCACCCUCCCCAGACCCCAAUCAGCAUCCAUCCACCCACCCCCUUUCCUCCCCUCAGCCGCUCGGGAAACAAACGUCCCUGUGGAUACUAAUCUCAUAGAAUUCGAUACCAACUACGCCACAGACGACGACAUUGUGUUUGAGGACUUUGCCCGGCUUCGGCUGAAGGGGAUUAAGGAUGACGACUAUGAUGACCAGUUCUGCUAGGAAGGGGGGCUAGAAGAAGGGAGUGGAUGGUGCUGGAGAGGUAGGGGCAGGACCAUGACCUCACUAGCAACAGGGAUGCGGGGGGGUCCCAGCCUCUCCUCCUUCCUCUCCCAUCUGGCAGCUUCCUUAACCAACCCCUUCACUCCCUUUCCCCCAUCCCUCCAAGAUACACACUGGACUCAUCACUUGUUGAAAAUGGGCAUUAAUCUUUUGACUACAGCUCUGCUUCCCCAGCCUCCCCCCACUCAACCAGGGUGGCAAGCUGUGUUCACACCUACAUUUUUUGGAGGGGAACACUGAAAACAAUGAGUGACAGCAGGGAAAGGGGGAGAAAGAACUCCCACAUUCAGCCUCAUGCCAACACACCCCUUCAGUCACUCUCUGUGCCUCCCAUUCCUCAACAUGAGAUGCUGUGAGAGCAAGGCCAUUUCUUUGUUUCUGAGCAUAAAGAAGAAAAUAAACCUUUUAGUAGGUA